UCUGCUCCGUCCCAUGGACGUUUGAAUUCGAGCCCAACUGGUCAUAUUGAGAUUGCUGGUUUGGACAUUGAAAAUAUUGACCAAGCUGCUCGUGCCGUCAAACACCAAGAGGUCAUCAAUAAAACAGUUUUGUCUAAGCAUGUUCGCAUCUUGUUCCUACCAAACCCAGAAAAAUUGAGUUGCACGGAGUUGGCAAAAAUGGUCUUACAUGAUAUUGUAAGGUACGAGAACCCUGCUGAUAUCCAUGCAUUAGCAUGGAUUAGAGGUGCAGGCACAAACAAAGAUGGAACAGUGAACAUCAGAGCUGAAAUGAGUUACUCAUUUUGGGAAUAUUUCAUUACCAAAGGAAGGAAUUUUCUGCAAAGUUACAACCGUUCCCACAAGUGUCAUGUAAAACUACAACGUGAGCGUACCAUACUGAUAGGAGACAUGGAUAAUCUGAGUUUGUAUUUGCGUGCAAAAAUACGUGAUUAUUGUUCCGACCAUCGAUACCCCAUACCGGAGAUAAAUGUAAAAAAUGGCUUCAUCACGAUGAAGAGCAAAACGGCUACAGAAUCGGUGACUAUGAAGGCUACCAUAUUAGCUAUCAAACUUGGGUGGUCAUAUACAGACUGGAAGGGCAUACCCAUUGUCAAAUUGCUAACUGAAGAGGAACAAAAGGAUUACCAAGACGGUAAAAUCCCUUGGAAAAGUACAACGAUAGAGUCGAUGUUGUCAUUGGAAUCCAACUCAGUCGAAGAUACAAAUGAAGGGGAUCGUCGCAAUCGUAAAAGGGAAGGAACUAAUGAGGAGGAGAUAAAUCCCAAGAUACCUCGUAGGGCUAAAGCCUAG